AUGGCUUCUGCAAACUAUGGUCCAUCUGAAGAUCAGUUCCUGUGCUCCAUCUGUCUGGAUGUGUUCACUGAUCCAGUCACCACACCAUGUGGACACAACUUCUGCAUGAACUGCAUCAAUGAACACUGGAACACCAGCGACCAGAACCUGUGUCCAAUGUGUAAGAAGGACUUCACCACCAGACCUGAUUUGAGGGUCAACACCUUCAUCUCUGAGAUGGUUGUUCAGUUCAGACAGUCUGCUCAGCAGAAAGCCAGCAGCAGCAGCUCAGAGCAACAAGAGUCCAAACCAGGAGAAGUUCCCUGUGACGUCUGCACUGGAACCAAAGUGAAGGCCCUCAAGUCCUGCCUGGUGUGUCUGGUCUCCUACUGUGAGACUCACCUGGAGCCUCAUCUGACAGCUUCACGCCUGAAGAGACAUCAGCUGAUGGACCCUGUGGAGAACCUGGAAGGCAGGAUGUGUACGAAGCACGAUAAACCUCUGGAGCUGUUCUGUAAGAGCGACCAGACGUGUGUCUGCAUGCUCUGCACUGUUUUAGACCACAAGAACCAUGAUUAUGUUCCUCUGGAAGAAGAAUAUGAAGAAAAGAAGGUCGAGCUGAAGAAGACAGAGGCUGAAAUCCAGCAGAUGAUCCGGAAGAGAAGAGUGAAGAUUCAGGAAAUCAAACACUCGGUCGACCUCAGUGAGGAAGAUGCAGGCAGAGAGAAAGCAGAAGGUGUUCAGGUCUUCACUGAUCUGAUGGAGUCUGUUGAAAGAGGCUUGAAGGAGCUCCUCAAAACAAUAGAAGAGAAGCAGGAAGCCACAAAGAAACAGGCUGAAGCUUUCAUCAGAGAGCUGGAAGAGGAAAUCUCUGAGCUGAUGAAGAGGAGCGCUGAGGUGGAGCAGCUCUCUCUCUCUGAAGACCACCUCCAUCUUCUCCAGUCCUCAAACAUCCAUCAGCCGCCACCCACCAAGGACUGGACAGAGGUCAGUGUUUGUCCUUCAUAUGAGGGGACUGUGGUGAGAGCUGUGUCUCAGCUGGAGGAGACACUCAGUAAGAAGAUGAAGAAGUGGUUUGCUGAGCUGAAGAGGGUCCAGAUGUUUGCAGUGGAUCUGACUCUUGAUCCUGAAACAGCUCAUCCUCUACUCAUCCUGUCUGACGAUGGGAAACAAGUGAAAUGUGGUGUUGUGAACAAGAAUCUCCCAAACAACCCAGAGAGAUUUAUUAAUGAUUACUGUGUUUUAACAAAGCAGAGUUUCUCUUCAGGCAGAUUCUACUUUGAGGUUCAGGUUGAAGGAAAGACUGAGUGGUUUUUAGGAGUGAACAGAGAGUCAGUCAACAGGAAGGGAUUCAUCUCACAGAGUCCUCAGAAUGGUUACUGGAUAAUAUGUAUGAAUGGAAAUAAAUACUUUGCUUAUGAUGAUCCUCCAGUUGUUCUCUCUGUGAAGUCUGGUCCUCAGAAGGUGGGGGUGUUUGUGGACUAUGAGGAGGGUGUGGUCUCCUUUUAUGACGUCGAAGCUGCAGCUCUCAUCUACUCCUUCACUGGCUGCUCCUUCACUGAGAAGCUCUUCCCGUUCUUCAGUCCUGGUUGUUAUAAUAACGAUGUUAGAAACUCUGCUCCUCUGAUCAUCUCUCCUGUCGGAGUAAAUUAAUCAUUCUCUGAUUUCAUGUGAUGAUUUUAUUCAUUAAAGGGAAUAAAUGUACAUAUUUUAUAUAAAUACUGUAUGUUUUUCUCUUUAUUUCUGUACCAUGACGCCUUAUGGAGAAUAUCUAUUUCAACCUUUUGAAUCCAGACUGUUUUAUUUUCACUAAAUAUCCAAAGCUGAAGUUUGACUUUUAGUAAAUCAGCAAAACAAAUUAUAUCUGAUGUGAAGCCUCUGAAAACAUAUUGUUGAAUAUUUAAUAUUCUCAUAAACGCCUCUGACCUUUCCAUCAUGUUCACAGAAUACACUUUGUGUUGUUGUUAUUGUGCCUGAAAGUGAAUUAAUAAUAUAGAUGCAAAUGUUCUUUUUGUUGUCACUUUGGCUCAUUAUGAUUUGUUUUGUGAAAAUGUUUAAGAUGACAAAUAAAGAUAAGUGAUUGUAAACAAAGAAACAUACAUUUAUACCUUAUAAAUAACUUGAACACUGACAAGAAAUGACAAGUUUACACAAGUUAUAUUCUAUGAACAAUGAAAUAUUUCCUGAGGCUCUUUCACAAACUGAAGAGGUUUAUUCAGAAGCAUAAUGCUAAUAUAUUCUUACAUUUAUCAAGUUACUCUCAUACUGCAUAAAAGGUCAAUGGACAAAGUUAAUUAAUAAUAUAGAUGCAAAUGUUCUUUUGGUGUGAAAAGUGGUUUGAAUUAUUUAAAGUCACUUUGGCUCAUUUUGAUUUGUUUUGUGAAUAUUUGUAAUAAGACUUAAAAAUAAAGAUGAGUGAUUGUUGAAAAAAAGGAAACAUACAUCUCUUGAACAAGUUACUUUUGCCUCAUAAAUAACUUGAACUGAACACUGAACAGAAAUGACGGGUUUACACAAGUUAUAUUUAUAUUCAUGUUAAUUAAAAACGUCUUGUUUAAUGCAGGAAA